UUUGCCAGCACUUAUUCUCCAACCACGUCUUUACUGCAAGGACUCGAGAGAAUCCUCAACCUCAACCUCAAGGCCUCAACUUCGACUGCACUCAUUUCACCGCCAAAAGCAUUGCUGUUGAGCUCAAAACCCAACCAUGACUUCAAUUUUCAGCGCACCUCGUCGACUCUACAUGGCAUUCCAUCCUCCACAAAGCAGUGCGCGAACCGAUGAUAGCAAAUCAGUCAAGUUUGGAAUACUCGGCGCAGCUAAUAUUGCGCCUCUGGCGUUGAUUAUACCCGCGAAGAAUCAUCCUGAAGUGGAGGUCUGGGCAGUAGCAGCGAGAGACGUAAACAAGGCGAAGGCGUUUGCGAAGAAACAUGGUGUAUCCAAAGCGUACGAAGGGUAUCAAGCGCUUUUGGACGACCCCGAAGUCGAAGCUGUUUAUAAUCCCCUUCCGAAUGGGCUCCAUUUUGAGUGGACGAUGAAAGCUCUGGCAGCAGGAAAACACGUUUUAUUAGAGAAGCCAUCUUCGAACACGGCGGACGAGACACGUCGAAUGUUCGAAUUUGCAGAGAGUAAAGGGCUGAUCCUUUUGGAAGCUUUUCACUAUAGAUUCCAUCCUGCGUUACACCGAACCAAGGCCAUCAUUGAAAGCGGAGAACUUGGUGCCAUUAGGAACAUUCGAGUGGAAAACAUGGCACCUAUUCCUUGGAGCGACGAUGAUAUCCGAUAUAACUAUGAUCUGGGUGGAGGAGCUCUUAUGGACAUGGGAUGCUAUACAAUCAGCUGCAUGCGAUAUCUAGCAGGCACCAAUCCGACAAAAGUCCUCACCUCGACCUACGAGCCGCACAAACCCAAGUCGGCGCCGUCGAAUUACGAAUCCAAGGUCGACAGGAUGGCAACUGCUACGUUUUCGUUCCCAAACGAUGUCACAGGAACUAUAUGUACCGACUUAUCGAUGCCUUUGAGAUUUAAAAUUCUUCCUCCCAUGCCACGAGUCAGUGCGGUAGUCGAAUGUGAACAGGGUAGUGUGGAGCUGUUCAACUUCCCUCUACCGACUAUAUACCAUUCCAUUACCGUUACGAAGCGGGAAGGGAAGAAGACGAAGACGCGGACGGAGAGGGUGUACAAGCCUUCGGAUGCUGGGAUGGAAUACAAAGGAGAAGAUUGGUGGUUGACUUAUCGUUAUCAGUUAGAGGCGUUUGUGGAUCGUUUGAAAGGGAGGGAGCCACAGACGUGGGUUGAUAAGGAGGAUAGUGUUGCAACGAUGGAAUGGAUUGAAAAGGUUUAUGAAAAGAAUGGACUCGGUGUUCGACCCAAAUCGACAUAUACUCCUUGAAACAUUGCCUCUUCGGAGUUUUGAAGUUACACUUACGUUCCAUCUAUCGUUUUCACAAUCGGAUGUUAUUCGUCUGGGGUCUUAUCACCACACCGUUCGUUAAUCAAACUGGUGUUAUCGUGUCUUGAAUCUUCUUUCGUUUCUCGUCAUGGAGGUGUGUCGAGCCCGUAGUACUGGAGCUCAGCGGGAGGCGACCAGUAGUUCUUUUGAGAACUUUCAGGGACAGUUGGCCAAGUUACCAUCCUGAUCAUCCCGAAAAUGCGUAGAAGGCGUGACAGUCUAGAAUAGUUUCAAACUCCAAGGGUUUAACAAAGGGUUGAACAGAACAUGUACUCUUUCAUGGUCCUUUUUUUUUUCAAUGAAUUACAUUGAAAUAGCUAACUGAAGAACAUCUCAUACGAUUCCCCGGCGGGCAGAUUUCCUUCCCGAACGUAUCACACUACAUAGGUGCCUGUAUAAACGUUAAACAAUA